AUGGGCAAGAAAAGGCGAUCCAAACAGGAGCAGCAGCAGGAGUCCUUGACUCCAAAGAAUGAGGAGGCAAAAGAUGGCAAUGACAACAACGAUGAUCCACCCAAGUCCAACGAACGGCCUACGGUUUCUGAUCCCGAUGGCACCCACGACAUUCAUCGUGGUUUUACCAACAAGGAAGCCCGAGCUCGUCGUCACGAAUUGAUCCAGACACUCCAGGAAAAGACGGAAAAGAAAAACAAAAAGAAGAAUCAGAAGGAUAAUAAUGCUAAUAAUGACAACAACAAUCAUGAUUUGGCACAAAGUCUGAAAGAACAACAGAACAAUGACGAGACGAACAACAAUAAGAAGAAACGAGCCCGAUUGGCCCAUGACAAGAUUUUGGAAACGAGAUUGGAAUCCAAAGAAACCAAACUAUUGCAAGCCAAAAUUGCGGCCAUGGACGCGGCGGAUAUUUUGCAUACCGGGACGGUGGGAAUGGUACAAGCCGAGACCGAUAUGGAACGCACCACGGGAUUGUCCCAAGUCGAAUUGAAACGACAAUUACUACAAGACAAUAAUGACGAAGAUGACAAUAGUGACAAUGCGGCACGACACAUUUACGAUUUGACCAUGGAAUCACCACACGGUCUCAAAUACGAUCGAUCCGGACGAUAUGCCCUCCUCUAUUCCAAUGCCAGCAAUCCACAAGGACAUGUUGCCAUUAUGGACUGCCACACGCGCUCCUUGGUAAACUCAUCGCAAGGAGAAUUCUAUAUUCAGCAAUCCAUUCGCGAUGCCUGUUUUCUACAUCAGGCUCGUUUGCUUGCCACGGCGGCUGUCAAUCAACCCGUCGCCAUUUACGACGAUCGAGGCGCCGAAAUACAUUCCUUGUCGGAUCACAAGGAUGCCGUCGCUUUGGAGUUCUUGCCCUAUCACUUUUUGUUGGCAGCCAUUGACGAUCGAGGACCGGCAUUGUUACGGUAUAUUGACAUUACCACGGGACAACUCGUCAGCAAACAUCGCACACGAGGAGAUCCCAGUGGCUCUCGGGAAGGCCUUCGAGCCGGUAAUCCGGUAGUGCUACGACAAAAUCCAUCCAAUGCCGUCUUGCACUGCGGUCAUACCAACGGGACCGUCACACUCUGGUCUCCGGCGUCGCAAAAGUACCUCGUCAAGUUCCUCUGUCACAAGGGAGCCGCCAUUACCAGUCUCGCCGUCGAUAUGGGAGGCAACGUCAUGGUCACGGGAGGAGCCGAUCGACAAGUCAAAGUAUGGGAUUUGCGAAAUACCUAUCGACAUGUACACUCCUACUUUACCGUGGCGGGACCACCCACAUCACUGGAUAUCAGUCAACAGGGCAUGUUGGGGAUUGGACAUGCCGGACAUGCCACCAUUUGGGCGCCGUCCGCUUUGCAAGUCAAGGCCAAAGAUCCUUACAUGCAUCAUUUGAUUCCACGGGGUGGACCCAUCGAAACGUUACGCUUUCGACCCUACGAAGAUGUCUGUGGCAUUGGGCAUGCCAAGGGCAUGAGUUCCAUUGUCAUUCCGGGAUCGGGAGAACCCAAUCUCGAUACGGCAGAGUACUUUACCAAUCCAUUCUCCGAUUCCAAACAACGACGGGAAGCCGAAGUCAGGGCGUUGUUGGAUAAACUCAGUCCGGAUAUGAUUGCACUCGAUCCAAAUGUCAUUGGUGGAAUGGAAGAACUGGAUCCACACAAACGACUCGAACAGAUUCGAGAUCAACAAGAAGCGGCCAAUAACAUGACCAACAACAAAAAGAAAAAGGAAAAGACCAAGAAACGAGGACGCAGCAAGAUACAGACCAAGUUGCGUCGAAAACAACGGAAUAUUGUGGAUCAACAGACGAUGCAACUGAGAGAAGCUCGAGAACAAGAAAAGACACAAGAAGAUGCCGAACGCAAGGCUGCCAAGGGAGAAAUUGUGGUUCCCACGGAAACACCCAAAGAGCAAGCACCCACAGCAUUGAAGCGAUUCUUUUCCUAA